UAUCAUAUGUUGGUAUAACUAUGGAGGGCUUAAAAAAGGAGAUUUAUCGGCAAUGGGCAAAUUUGAAAUUUCUGUCCCCACUUUUAAGCAGCUUCCUCGGUUUGACAGCAGAGGCACUGCGAUCGACUGGGAUACUACAUUUUCAUUCAGUACAACAAUGAGUCGUGGUAGAAAUUGCUUUGUACCUGGCUGUACAAGUGGGAAUCCCAAUAAAAACAAGGCAAAUAAAGAACGGGGUGAAAGAAACCCAAGCCUUUUCAAAGCUCCUAAUGAUCCUAGCUUGCUACAGCAGUGGCAAAAGGCGAUACCCAGAUCAGACAAGACACUUAGCAGCAAAGAUGCUGUUUGUGAACUACAUUUUCUAGAUGAAGAUAUUUUGACUCAUUAUGAGAUCAAAUUAACUGACGGAACUAUCAGUAGAAUUGAGCGGGGUAGACCAUUAUUAAAGGAGGGUUCAAUUCCAAGAAUUUUUCCUAACCUGCCUAACUAAAUAAGUCAGCGUAUAUACAUAUUCACAACUCUGUAUUUUUGUGCUUUUGAAAUAAACUGAGUACAUUAUUUAUUCAUUAAUAUUUUAUUUACAAACCUACCUUAUAUUAAUAAAGUGAAUAUCAAUAGAAAAACCUUUACAAUUAUUAGGUGACAUUGAAUAUAAUAUAUCUUGAAUUUAAUUGUCUACGAAACAGUGACAAUUUGCAAAACUUUGCUAAUGACAUUAAAACUUACAAUUCAACGCUAGAAAAAACGCUAUUGAACACAGGAAACGUUUCAGCUCAAUAUACCUACUCUCUAGUUUCAGCUAUAAAAAGUUAUGGAAUAGAUAACACCGAUCAAAGGGUGCAAUGGUAACGUUCGUCUUCAGUUUCCAUUUAUGAUUAAGUUAUUCCUGAUAAAAUACUCUUAAUUUUCGUUAUUCAAUCUGUCAAUCGCCAUAAAACCACUACUAGUUCGAAAGAUUUUAAUGUUUAUUAAAAUGGUAUCACACUAAACUGCAUGUAAACAUGUCAAUUUCAAAUGUUUUAAUGAAAAACUAUGAACCUUUAAACUGCAUCAACAAAACUAUUAAUAAAACACUAACACAAUCACACCAUAAACUAUUUCAUUCGCAUUUCUCAUCAAGAAACAAUUACUGUUUACAUCAAAUCAAAGGUUGAACUGGUGAUAAAUUUGUUGCUGGAACUUCUAUCUUUUUUGUACAACAGUUCUAGGGAAGAUUUAUUUUAGCAGCUUAUAUGUUUCUUCGGUCGUGUAUGCACUAAAAAGAACCACAUAAUAAAACAUUUUUAUAAUAUCAACUUAGGAAAAGGAUAUAUUAAACCGGCAUCUAAUAUAACCUAACUAACUUUUCAAACUCAAAUUUAAGGUUUUGUAUUCACAAUUUUAGCCACGCACAUUGCUCAAUUAGAAAAACCACGUUUCUAAAAGCUAACUCUGGUAAAAAUAUGCCCAAAUAUUAACUUGGCUCUAUAAUUUAUAACAAAAUAGUUAUUCUUGCCAUAAGAAGCUGUGUAUUUCUAGUAUCCCAAUCAUCACAAGCGCCCCUAACGGCGAUUUUCGAACUUCAUUUAGAUCUCAAAAACUGGGCCCAUAAUUUUUGCGUUCGAUUCGCCUCCUCCUUUUAGACUCCAUA